UCACCGGUAGCAGAAAUUCUAUUCAUCAAUUUUGAUAUUGAAAUAUAUUACAUUGUCUGCCCGACAAAAUAAAAUACAUAUUAGAUGUCGCUAUCAUUGAAUACAAUUUCAAAUGAAAAUUGUUUCAAUUAUCAAUUUGCUUCAUUGAAAAAUCAUAGUUUCAUUAGAUUUUCUUUUUUAUUCGGUGACAAUCGAAAAUUAUACUUGCAUUGACGAUAAUCAGCUCAUACGAAACAAGAAAACUAGCGUGGAAAUUGAUGCACAUUCGAAAGCCGAAAAGCGUCAAAACUCUUUCUCCGAGAGUCACAAACUCAUACAAAGGCGUAGGUUGUAGUAACCAAGAAUUUGUUUCAUGCUUUAUGGUUGUGUUUGGAGUUUUGUUUGUGUUUGUAUCAUGUUUGUGUGUAAGUAUGUGUAUUUGUGUGCUUGUAUUUGUGAGUGAAUGCAAACGAAUGGAGAGUCAUUUUUCGUACAAUAUUUGACAUAUCUUCGUCGACAAUCUCUCACAAAUCCCUCGCAAUUCGGUUUUCUCUUUUGCGUGUAUUAUUAUCAACGUUCAAAUACAUUUCGGAUUCUUGAACAAAAUACAAAACAAAUUGAUUCGGUGAAAUAAUCAAAGAAUAGUGAUAAUUGUGAUCGAUAUUAUUGCCGUUGUGGAAUUAUUGAAAUAGAAAACAGACAUAAAAACCUACACAGAAAUUAUAUUAAUCCAAACGAAUGUCUCGUAUAAUCGAUAAAGAAAAAAUAUUUGUGCAUUAAAAAGUGUAGCGAUUUUUGUUUGGUUGAAUUUGCAAACCAGCAUAAAAACAGAAACCAUGAAGAACGAUCAACUAAAUUAAAAGUAUAAAUAUUGGGCGAGGGAGAGAAAAAGAUUGGGAAAGAGAGGCGAGAAAGUAUAUCAAGCGAAAACGAUUCGACAGUGCGUGAAAACACAGAAUAAUGUCCUCUCCAAUUGGUUUUUAUAUAUUUUUUCAUGUGUGAAUUGUUUAAGGAAUUGCUUUUAGCGGCAAUGCGAUAGUGGAGUAUCAAAAAAAAAAAUUUCAUCCGUUUCUUUAGACGAAAUCAACAACAAGAUAAAACAACAACAAACGUUGUCGAACAAUCAGACAUUUGUGAGUGUAUAAGUGAGCGCGUUCGUUUUACACUGUAUCGCGUUGCCCUUCGAAACGUAUCUACUAUGCGAGUUUGAAAAAAAAAAUGGUACAUGAACUCCAUGCAUAGGAGAAGAGAACAGUCAUAUACGAUUCUUUUUUUAUUACUCUAAAACUGUAUAUUGAGACUAAGAAUAAACACAUUCGAUCGCGCAAAGUGUGUUAGAGCGCGGCCAUUUUUCGAGUGUAUCAUGCAUAUGUAUGUGUGAGUUUUAAAAGCGUAGACGCCAGGGAAUCAAGUAUUUGUACGAACAAAAAUCUCUCGGAAAUAUUGAGAACGGAGUAGCGGAAUACUCAACAAAUAAAGCAAACAACAACAACAAAAACAAAAACAACAACACAGAGCAUAAUAUAUUGAGAAACAUAAAUAAAAAGAGUCUGCCCGGUUCGACUUAGAGAAGACAGCAACGAGAAGAAAAUAAUAAGAAAAAUAUUGCGACGAGCACGGUAAUAUGUCGCUCCCGAUGAAUUCUCUCUAUAGCCUGACAUGGGGCGAUUACGGCACAUCAUUGGUGUCCGCCGUACAGCUACUUCGGUGUCACGGAGAUUUGGUCGAUUGCACAUUAGCUGCAGGUGGUCGAAGCUUUCCGGCACACAAAAUCGUUCUGUGUGCUGCCAGUCCGUUUUUGCUGGACUUAUUAAAGAAUACGCCGUGUAAGCAUCCAAUAGUGAUGUUGGCUGGAGUCAAUGCCAGCGAUUUGGAGGCACUAUUGGAAUUUGUGUAUAGAGGUGAAGUGAGUGUUGAUCAUUCACAGUUACCAUCACUGCUACAGGCUGCGCAUUGCUUGAAUAUUCAGGGUUUGGCACCGCAAACAGUCACUAAAGACGACUACAAUACGACCUCAAUUCAACUUCAUCCAAGUUUAUUGGCUCAACAUCAUGUAAAAACAGUUAUUGAUAACGAGGACCUAAUGACGGCUAUACACGAUUCAUCUCCACAACAUCAGACAAUUCAAGCCCAUGUUGUUGAAGAAAUCAUGCCCGAGCAUUUGACUGAAGUAACCGAUGUUAAGGAAGUUAUUAAUCAAUUAUUGCCAACUCGCAAACGGAAACCACGGGUCAAGAAACCAACGGUAUCAAAAACUGAACCCCAUGUUACAAACGCUGGCACGGAGAAUGAAAUUGAAAAUUCACCACCCAAAGCCAAAAAACCAAAAGCUCCGCGCGAUCCAAACAAAACAAAAUCCCGAUCACAAUCAGAACAACCAGCCUCCUGUCCGAUUUGUGGCGCAGUAAUAAAACAGUCUAGAAAUCUACGACGCCACUUGGAAUUAAGACACUUCUCGAAGCCUGGCAUUAAAAAGGAACGUAAAAGCGGUAAUAGCAAUGUAACGAGUAUGCAAACGGUAACGGUGAAAAAGGAGCCUGAAGAUAUAUCAUCAACGUCACAACACGAGCAAGGACAACAAAUUCAAAUACAGCAACCUCAAACUAUUGCCGUCUCAGUUGCAGGAAAUCAAGCUACGCAUACGAUCGUCGAAACUGGAUCUAAUUCAAGUGCAAAUCAACCACAACAUAUAGUGACACAUCAUGAUAAUUCGGAUGGUUCAACAUCAUUGCAAAUUGCUCAGGUUCAAAAUCUACCAGCAACACAUCAGCUCACAUUGAGCAAUCUUAAUCAGUCGAAUAAAAAUCAAAUCUUUUUUAAAAAGUUGAUUUUCGUGAAGGGAAAUAAUACAAACACGUAAUAUUAUAUUCAAAAUUAAGAACGACGACUCAGAACGGAAGUUUCAAACAGAAAAUCACCGAAAAAAAAAUGACAAAGAGACUUUUUACACUGUUAGACAAAGUCUAUAAAAUAGAAACAACAACAAAAUCAGUAUAAAUGCGCAAAUGGCGCGCUUUCUGUUUGCUGUAUUCGACGAUGGCAUGGCAAUACAACAUGUCCUUUUCCUAGAGAUAGAGAGCACUCAGCCAAAUAUUAUGUGUAUAUAACAUUUUAUUGUAAAAUUAAUGUUAAUUUUCCAUCAGUUUGCGUAAAAUUAUCGAUCGAUGGUUUUGACAUUUUUGUUUAAGAAGAAAAACAAAGAAACAAAAAAACGCAUAGAAAUCCUCGAACAUCCGUUUACGUUUAUAAUUUAUGCUUUAAGUUAGAAAGGAAAACAAACAAACAGAGUAAUCAUUACAAAUAAAUAAAGGAGAAUAAGAAAUGUGCAAUUUGCAAAGCGAAGUAAAAAAUAAGGGCUUCUAAAACUUACUCUCUCACCUUCUAUUACAUGUAAUUGGUCAACAUUUGAAUAUUCAGAUGGAGUGAAUUCAAUCCGGCUCGUAUCCAGAACUGAACCAAAAGUAGACGUUAAUCAAACGUCUAGCUAUUAAAUAUUAAUUGGAAAAGAAAUUUUAAACGCAUUCUUGAUAGAUCAUCUUUUGUUGCUCGACGUUGACACACACAUGGAACAAACUAAAAGUUUUGAGAAAUAAUGACUUUUGAAAAUAUGAAAACAGUUUGAAAAUAGUACAAAUCUGUGACAAUUGUACAGAUUUAAUAUCCGAUUCAUAUUCACGUGGUAAUUUUUAAUGAUAUCGACCAGAUUAUACACAUAUUUAGGAAUAUAGUGCAACAAAAUCUUUUAGACUUAAAUAUUUCACUUAAAUUAACACAUGUUUUCCACCUUUUUUUCUAAAUUUUGAAACAAUUUGACCACCGUUUAUUGAACGUUUGAUUAGAUGGAUGAUUCAGUUUAAUAUAAUAUCGCUAAAAGCUCAGUGUCAUUAGAAAAAAAAAAUCUCGAAAGACUUUCUUUUGUUUUUUUUAUGAAUGUUCCAAAAACAUGUGUUGAGUAAAUGAAGUAUUUUAGUCAUAAACGUUUAUAUACAAUAUGAAUUAGGUGGUUCGAAAGGAUGAACAAAUAAAAUGGUCAAACAUAAUCUAUUUCUCAAAUAAGCUCAUCUACGAAUAAUUUCAUAUCGAUUCCAGAUUCACACGUUGCACACAAUUAAGUUAAUUUUUUCGCAUUAUCCAUUGAAAUGGUAAUAAAAGUAAUAAUUCGAAUUGCUGGAAGAAAUUUGAAAUAAAAAAUAAUCGAUUGAGAGCGCAUAUUGGGGUUUUGUUUUUGUCAUUUCAAUAUUAAAUUAGGCAAAAAAAAUAGCACUCAAAUUAUGAUUAUAUAAUUCUCCGAAGCUAAAAAUUUGAACUUUGAAAAUUCAACCAAACAAUUUUUGGAACGAAGAAAUUAUACGAUGCGUAUUUUUUGAGUAGCUUUUUGUGGAUCAAAUCGUAACGAUUUUAGAUUAAGAUUAAAUUUGGUUUACGUUACACAUAAGACUCAAAUACUUUUAUUGAACAGUGUAAAAAAAAAUCAUGAAGAAAAAAUAAAUACAUCCAUUCAAAGUAAA